AUGCAAUGCUGGAAUCUUAAUCUUAUCAACUAUUCAGAAAUUGUUCAUUUGAGUGGCCUUGUUCAUUUGAGUGGCGCUGUUUGGCAAAAAAGCACUUUGAAUGUGGUUAUUGAGACUGAUGCAGCACAGGCCAUUGAUUUACUUCACAGUGGUCCGAGCCAUAAUUCCCCUUUCCGAGCUCUCAUUGAGGAUACCAAGUUCCUACUGAAGCGCUGCAAUUGUUCCCUUCGACACACACUGAGGGAAGGCAACAGAGUUGCUGAUCGGCUGGCUAAUCUUGGAGUAGUGCAAACUGACCAUGUGGUCAUGCUGGAAGACCCCCCUGAAGCUGUUAGAGCUCUUAUUAUUGAGGAUAUGACUGGAGUAGGUGCCAUGAGGGCUUAG